GAGGAGCCCGACGUCCCGACAUUCUGCAGGGAUCGAUUCCUCCGUGCCUGAGUCAGUCCUCUUGUGAAUAACCAACUCUCGACCGUACAUAUUCGCCGGGAUGCCAUCAGUCUGAACCCCAUCGCAUCCAUCCCCACAUUGCAUCGACAAGCCUCGGUCACUGAUAAGGCUGCGGAUCGACCCUCCACUCCUUGUGCAGCACCCCGCCGAGUCAACCAAAACCAUAACGGGACCUCCCGAGUCGAUACAUCAUCUGGUGCCCAAGCGCAGCACUGUGAUACCUUCGCACAACUUGCAAUACAGAGCAAAAAGUCUUUCUUCUCCUUCCGCCGCCGUAGGGCUGACGGGCUCUCUCUCCGAAAGCACCGUCCAAUCCGGAGCGCUAUCCGACCGACUUCCCCACUCGGACAGUGCAGAACUGGGGGGUGUUUAAUAUUUCGCAAACCGAAACGUGCCGUUUCCCCGUGCCCGUCCUGUUCGCCAUCGCCAUCGCUUUAUACAGCGUACCUUGUGUGGAGUCCACUAGCCUCGAGUCCGUGUGGAUAGUGCCAUAGAUCCUUUCCGCCCUUGGACUUUCAAGAAUCUUGUCGCCUAGUCUUUUUUUCGUUGCGUGUACUUGGCCGUGGCGCAGCGGGAGAUUUUCUUGUGACGGGCGACUUUCUUUUUGGGAAAUUGCAGCUUCGUCAUCUUCGAGAUUUCUGAUUCAGAACAAUAUGUUGGACGGCGGUUUGGGCAAAUUGCAGAGGAGGAUGCGGGGUCGGUUUGGCGAUACACUAAAUCCCGAUGAUGCCUACUUGAGCUACUACGACAUUCGCUUGACGCGAGAGGACAUGCAAUGUCUCAAGAACGAUUGGCUCACAGACAAUAUCAUUUCAUUCUGGGAAGAAUACCUGGAACAUGAAUUUCUCUCCCAAUACAAGACCUCCAAUAUCGUCCUCCUCCGACCCAGCAUGUCAUUCAUGCUCCUCCAGACUCCCGACCCGCGCACCCUCCGCCAAGCUCUUCCCGACUUCUCUCGAACCACCCACGUCUUCCUCCCCAUAAAUGAUUGCCACAACGUCACACAAGCAGAAGGUGGUACGCAUUGGUCAUUACUGCUGAUCUCAAUCGUCGACGGCAUCGCUUUCCACUAUGAUUCCUUGGUAUAUGGAAAUCAUGACGAAGCUAGAUACGUUACCACACAGUUUAGCAAACUCCUCGGACGGCCACUCGCCUGGCAGCACCUGCGAGACUCGCCUCAGCAAGACGGAGGGAGUGACUGCGGCGUGUUCGUCUGUAUGAACAUGCGCCAUCUCCUUCUAAAACGACUCCUCAUGGCUAGCGCCCAUGAAAAAGUCAGCAUGAGUCUCGGCGGACGGAAAGUCGACCCCAGCGCCUCGCGCAAAGAAAUGGCCAAGAUUAUAGAAGGAUUCCGGAAAGAAGGCGAGCGCCGACGGUCGGCAAGUGCAAGUCCUAUGGGAAAGAAAUCGCGGAGUCCCCCACGGAUUGAGUGAAUCAAUCCUGUGCUGUUAUGAGUUUAUGCCUGUUAUGCUUUUCCUUUUUUUGUGUUGGCAUACAUUAUUUCUAUCAGAAAAUGAGUAACCAUGGUGGAUACAGACUUUGGUUUGAGUGAGUACUUAUGAGCGCUGCAUGGGUUUUGAGUCUCGAGUCUCGAGUUUCGGUGAUUUUUCAUGCUUUGUUGAUUGGCACGAUAAUACAUUUGUUCUGUAUACGCCUUGACCUUUCUCGGGUAUCACGUACUUGAGUCCUUUAAUGAGAAUGUAGUCCACGAUAUUCUCAUGCUUG